AUGGAGAAGACCAAACAGACCUUCGUUCAGCAAUUCAGAGCAUGGGGAGAAAACCCCUUUCCACCAACGCUCCUUGCAUCCCUCAUCACAGCACAAUACAUGCGACCAUUCCAGACGCUACCGAUGCUCUUCCCCCCAGUCCUUCUCUUCACCAGCUAUGCGAACAUCUCAGGCUUCAAGACAGACAGCGCGGGAAUGAGCGCCGCCUGGUCAGGUCUCUACCUUCUGCUGGCGGGGCGCCGGCGACAGCCGUUCAUGAAGAAAUGGGGUGCGCGAGGGAUCACGCGGGGAGUGACAAUGGGUCUUUGUUUGACUAAUAUGGUUGGUGGCGGGCUGGCAUAUAUGUUGGGGAAGGAAGAGGAAGAGGAUGAUGCUUAA